AUGGUUGCUCUUGGUGACCAUGCUUUGUUGAUAAAAAAUUUGUUUGGUUUUGAAAUAGUGAUAGAAUUUCAUUUGUAUGAGACUUUAGAAUACUUUUCAAUGAUGAGAGAUACUCCUGUGAGGUAAGCAGAUUAUAUGUUGUAGUGAAGUACUAUCAAGAGAUAUAUACCGCCAAACUGUGUGGUAUUUUCUGGUAUUAAACACUUCCUGGGUUAGUAACAUAGAUAUGGUUAGUAACUAGUUCAUUAUUUCGUAAUAUGGUCCGUCUGAAAAAUGUCUCGAAUGGGGUUAUUAUAUUGUGUUAAUAAAAGCCUCGACUUGUGUUUAAGCUUUCUAGAAUAUUUAGCACGUAAUAUUUGGGGGUUUAAUUAUAAAUUUAAGAGGUUUUACGUGCGAUAUUGCAGUAACCAUCGGAUUGGGUUACCCCCUGCACCACUGUAGGUAAUUUAUACCCGAAAAACUCGACCGAGACGUCCUUUUUCAGGUUUAAAGUAAUCCAGUAUAAAUGUAGCCUGUUUGUAGUCCGAGAUUUCGUUCAAAAGGAAAAACUAGUAUAAAUGAAGUUUGUUUAGAUUUUUGUUUUUGAAAUUAGCCUACGGUGUAUAUUCAAUCUCAUGGACUAAUCCAAUUGCAUCGGUGCAUGAGAUUUAUCACGAUUAAAAUUUGCUUUAUAUUACACGCUACAUUCGGUUUUAUUGACAAUGGACUGUUUAAAUACUGACUUUGUUUUGUGUUUGUUAGAUGUUUCCCAAAGCGAGCUAUGGAGGAAGACAAGAGACCAAGAUCAUUUAUGACGACGAGUGGAAUGAAAACAUUUCGAGUAUUGCAGCCGACAGUGAAUAACAACGCUUUAACAAAGGUACACUCAGACCUAGCCUGGGUUAUGAACGGACAAUUCUCUAAUUCAGACAGACACCUCUCUAAUAUGGACACAUCUCUAAUACAGAGACCUUUCUAAUAUGAAUAUCCCUCUAAUAUGGACACAUGUCUAUAAAUACAGACACCUCUCUAAUAUUGACACUUCUUUAAUAAAGAUACCACUCUAAUAUGAAUACCUCUCUAAUAUGGACACCUCUUUAAUCAGACAACGUUCUAUUUUGGUGAAUUUCUAAUGUUGGGACAUAUUUUCAAACCACAACCUUUAAAAAUUACCAGACGCCUCUAAUACGCUCACGCGUUGCUGCACGACUUCAAUGUGUACUUGCGCAAUAUAAAUGAUUACAUUAUUAUUUGUUCCUUGUAGUACCAGCCACGAUCAAGGUCACCACUGCAACCUCAAGGCCACAGCACACCUCUACCGCCUACUAAGGAAAAUGACGCGAGGAGUGUGAAAUUUCGACAGAGUUCCGCUUCGAAACGAAGCACAUCGCCAAGAUCUGUGGGAAGGUGAUUAUUUAACUGAGAAUGGCAAUUCUGUACUAUGCCUUGUUUUGUACAAUAAUGCCGAGAAAUAACCUAACCUGGAAAACGCCGUUAAUCUCGGGGUUUACUUUAAAUCGUGGUUCAACUCAGGUUUUACUAAGGUUGCACUAACCGAGGGUCAGCCAAAUGGCCGCAGUAGAAUUGCAACCGAACCCCAACUAAACCUUAUAACUGCAGUGUUGCUGCUUGAUACUGUGCUGUAUUUUACUGGCUGCAGGGUAUUGUAUGCGUUCUGCAGCCGGGUUAGUGUUUCAUUUGUUCUUUUCAAUAUUUUAGUUCCCCCAAACCUCCAACCCUUGGUUCGACUUGUUCUUCUCCUGUUCAAUACUAUAGAUCAACAUCAGGUUUGUAUCAGUACCGACAUUCUAUUACCUGCCUCACCUACCUAAAAAAAGAUGAACGGAACCUAGCUUCGCUUGAAGUUGAAACGUCCAACUGUUUUGUCUUUCUCAGGUAGUUCAGACACAAACCACGACAGCUUAUUGUAGAAUACUACCUACACUGGACCACCACGUUUAAGAUAUCUACUCUAUUGGAUAGCCUAAGUAUAGCAUCAUUUUUCACUUAUCUUUCCAGGUUCCUACCACACCCGGGCAUUCACACCGCGCAAUCUAAGUUGCACACCACCUCAUUUAUAUAUGGCAGACCAUGUCCGUAAAGCCGCUGUGCAGCUACACCGUGCUCCAUCAAACUCGUCCAGACAAACCGUUAGUUCAAACAAAACUGAUACAACGCUAGACAGCUCCGAAAUUCCGACACGCUUUGGAAAACCUAUCAAUUUACCAACUUUUGUGAAAACAAACCCACAUCUCAAGAAUAAAGAGCUUUCUAUGGGACAAAAGCAAUACUUGUGGGGCAUUGCGCGCAUAUAUUCAAUGUCUCGUAUGAAGUCACAGGUAAACAACAACAACAACAACAACAACAACAACAACAACAACAACAACAACAACAACAACAACAACAAAUCUGAUAUUAAAUUUUCUACAGGUGCAACAACAGUAUCAAACGUUAUUGAACUAUGAGUUUAAAAAAAGAAUGCAGCGGUUGGGAAUUAGCGAGCGAGAGAAAAUCAAAGAAAUGAAAGAUUAUUUAAGAUAUAAGAAGUUUAUCAAGAAUUAUGAUCAGGUAUUAAAAAUGGAUGAACUAAACUGAUUUUUCGAUACUUAAACGUAUACUGAAAAUCAGUCAAUAAUAUCUCGUUGUUGUUUAGAGAAUUCCGCGGAAUUUGCGCUCGAAAGACUCCGCUGAAGAAAGGAGCAAUGUCGCAGAUCAUAUACACAGACACGUGAUCAAAGGCUGGACAACUGACGUCACAUCACGUGGUAGAUACGCUGAUGAAAGCACAGAGACCGAAGUUAGCGUGAAGGAAGUGGAGAGUGAAGGAGACUGGGAAGAAAUCUCGGAACGUGGGGCGCAUAUUUACAAACACGUGAUUAAGGGAUGGACUAUGGACCCGCAUGCUAAUGAGAGUUUUCAGAGAAAGUUUGAUGGAACAGAAUUGAGGGAGAAAAAUGAUAGAAAGUCGGAAUCUAAGAGUGGAGAAAAUGAUGAUGUCGCUAUUUAUAAGUGAGAAAACAUUUUUGGGAACAUAAAAUCACGACUACAAAAAAGAAACUACAAACAGCAGGUAUUAAUGUCCGUUCUAACAUGAUAUAUUAUAGAGUUGAUUUCGCUCGUUCUGGUGGAAAAGGUAGCAUUGAAGGAGAUGUGAUGAAAAUCAGUAGACUUUAUAAAGAAUCAGGUCAAGAUAAAACCCUGGAAGGCAGAGAACCUUUCGAAGGUGUGUAUAUAGACUUAAAAUGUAAUAAAGAAUAAACCGUUCUAUAGCAGACUAGGCCGCAUUGUAGCUUUACAGGUCAACAUAAAUUGUUUUUAACUAUCUUCUUUUAUAUAGUUAUCGUGCAAUCAGCGGAAUCUAACUUCUUGUGAAAUGGCUAAAAUGUGCUCCAGCUAUGAAGGUCGCACGUUUUUGGCUUUGUGUGGAAAAAUAAAGAAUAGCUUUAAUUGUCUGUGGAUGAAAUAGUUUAUAUAUUGCAUUAGUUGCGUGCUAUAUUUAAUUUAUUUAAUUUUAAUGUAUCACUUAUUUAGUAUUCUUAUAUUUAUAUCUAGUUGUCCU